AUGAGGGCAUUCCUACUUACUCUUUUCGCCAUCGGCGGCACUGCUCUCGCUGGGUCGCCAGCGUGCAGUCCAGAGAAAGCGUUGGUACGGAAAGAAUGGAGAGAGCUAGAGUAUGCUGAGCGCAAGGACUAUAUCGAUGCGAUUUGGUGCCUACGCGAUCGCCCUGCCAUCCUACCCAAUGCGGAAUUCCCGGGGGUCUUUGACCGGUGGGAUGAUUUUGUUGCGACUCAUAUCAACUACACGAACAAAAUCCAUUUCAAUGGGAUCCUCCUUCCGUGGCACCGCCAGUUCCUCUUCCUCUGGGAAAGGACCCUGCGCGAGGAAUGUGGAUACAAAGGCAGUGUACCGUACUGGAACUGGGCCCUCGACACAGAAAACAUGUUCGAGAGCCCCCUGUUCGACGACAGCGAGACUUCCCUCUCAGGCAAUGGAGAGUACGAUCCCAACGAGCCGAUUCCCUGUUCCCCGGGAAAGAUAUGCCUCCCCCGAGGAACGGGCGGUGGAUGUGUGCAGGGAGGACCGUUCAAGGACUUCGUCGUCCACAUGGGGCCCAUCAGUCCCACGUUCGUUCAAUCGUACGGACCCAUUCCCGACAAUGCGUACGACUACAAUCCGCAUUGUCUGACGCGAAGCUUGAGCCCCACGGUCCUGCAGAUGCUGAACAACCAGACUGCCGUGGAGCUAAUGCAAGAGGCAACCAGCAUUCAAGAGUGGCUCGAAGUCAUGUCCCCGAGUGAAGCUGAUCGGCCGGGCUCGCACAGCGGCGGCCACCGCGGCAUCGGAGGUGCCAUGGGUGAUUUCUUCGCGUCGCCUCAGGAUCCCGCCUUCAUGUUGCACCAUGCCUUUAUUGACCGGCUGUGGGCGCAAUGGCAGGAUCAGGACCCCGUCAAUCGCCGCAACGCGCUCAACGGCACCACCGUUAUCUACGAUCCGCCGGAUGCCCCGUUGGUGACGCUUGAUACUCUGGUUGAGUUCGGGCAGCUGAGUCCUGCACGGGCGGUGGAGAAGAUGAUGGACCCGAUGGAGAAUGGCUAUUGCUAUACAUACACUUGA